GAGUCCUGACCGCUACUGCCUGCGCACAGCUGUUAAGGUUUAAGGAGACCCUUAGGCAUAUAGGGAGGGCUGACACUUCCACCUGCGGCUGCUGGGCCUGCCAGAGGAGAAGCCGAGAGCCGGGAAAUCCAGCCCUUCCGGGGCGCUGGGCUCGGGACAGAGGCCGAAGACGCGCCCGGAGGGAAGACCGGCAGCUGGAUCGUCCCCUGGGGCCGUACAACGGCCUGGCCCGCGCGGCUCCGGUGGACGCUGUCUGUGUGCGCGCUUUGCCCUCGCCCGCCCUCCCCGCUGCGACCCCAGCCUAGGGCCGGAGCAGAGCCCAGGCGCAGUGGCCCGGGGCGAGCAGGGCCCGCCCCGCCGCCCGCCGCCAUGGAGUCAUGGCUGCCUGGCAGCUCUGGGCCCGCGGAAGUCGGGCCUCGCCUGCGCGGCUUGCGCGGCGCCGACCUGGCGGCCUCGGCCUGCUUGCUGAGCGGGGCCGGGGCCGAAGCCGGGUGCAGCGCGCCGGCCGUGGCGGCCGUUUUGCCGGCGGGGGGGAGCGGGGAGAGGAUGGGCGUCCCCACCCCGAAGCAGUUCUGCCCCAUCCUGGAGAGGCCGCUCAUCAGCUACACCCUGCAGGCCCUGGAGAGAGUAUCUUGGAUAAAGGACAUUGUUGUGGCAGUCACUGGAGAGAACAUGGAAGCAAUGAAGUGUAUUAUUCAGAGGUACCAGCAUAAAGGCAUCUCUCUGGUUGAAUCCGGAGUGACCCGCCACAGGUCAAUUUUCAAUGGAUUAAAAGCACUGGCGGAGGAUCAGCCCAACCGUAGACUCUCAAAGCCGGAAGUAGUGAUUAUCCAUGAUGCUGUGAGACCAUUUGUUGAGGAAGAUGUCCUCCUUAAACUUGUCACAGCUGCUAAGGAACAUGGGGCUGCAGGAGCAAUCCGACCUCUUGUAUCUACUGUCAUCAGUCCAUCUGCAGAUGGCUGCUUAGACCACUCGCUGGAACGUGCGAGACACAGGGCAAGUGAAAUGCCACAGGCCUUUCUAUUUGAUGUGAUAUAUGAAGCGUAUCAGCAGUGUAGUGACUAUGACUUGGAAUUUGGAACUGAGUGUUUGCAUUUGGCUCUAAAAUACUGUCACAUCAAAGCCAAACUUAUAGAAGGAUCUCCUGACCUCUGGAAGGUGACCUACAAACGAGAUCUGUAUGCAGCUGAAUCGAUUAUUAAGGAAAGAAUUUCACAACAAAUUUGUGUAGUUAUGGACACAAAAGAAGAUGAAGAACAUGUAGGUCAUCGUCUUGAAGAAAUGCUAAAAAAUGAAUUAAAUCAUGUAAAAGUCACAUCUGGCAGAGAUCUUCAGCAAAUCAUCUUAGAGGAAUGCUACAAUUUUGUUUGUGUGAAUGUUAUGACCUCUGAUUUUGAAGAAACCCAGAAAUUACUGAAUAUGCUUGAAGAGAGUAAUCUUUCCAUUUUGUAUCCUGUUGUUGUUAUUUCAGUGCAGUUUCUUGAUUAUGAAUCAGAACCAUCUGGUCAGAAAAUGGAAAACCUAAUGCGGAUUAGAGAAUUUGCCAAGGAAGUGAAAAAAACAAAUAUUUUAUUAUAUGGCCUUCUCGUAUAUUACCCACAGGAUGAACGGAAGCUACAGGAAAGUUUAAGGCAAGGUGCCACCAUUAUUGCUGCCUUAAUCAAAGAAAGAAAUUCCGGACUCAUUGGUCAACUACUGGUAGCAUAAAGAACAUGGAGAAAAUUACCUACUGUGUUCUUAGAAACAUUUACCUAAGUAUCUCUUUUGUGCUUCUCUCUGAAUUGUAUAUGGUAGAAUGUUUAAGUUGUCUUUUAUGUCUUUUAUAAUUUGGAGGAUGUGAUGCUUAGGUGAACUUGAAAACUUUUUAUGCAUGUCAAAUAUAAAUUGCUUAAACCGGAAAAGAACAGAUAAGUGGAAAAUUAUAGCCUUCAUAUAAAGAAUCUUUUCACAAAGGCAUGAAAGGUAAAAUAGAAAUAAUGAUGAGUCAGCUAAUUCUCCAAGGAAUGAGAAUUUAGGAAAUGUCAACUAUUAUCUCUCUGUUAAUUAGUAAAUCACACUAUAAUGAAACUAAUAAAUAAGAUUAAUGAGUAUUGUUAAUUCUAACAUUAUCCUCUCUCCAUGGGUUAUUUUGAAUUGCAUUCCAAUUUUUCACACCUUAAAAAAAAGAGGAGAUAGCAGUGAACUCUGCACUUUGAGUAUCUGCACCAUUAGCCUCACAUUACCCUAGAUCCCUAAAGGAGAUGUAAUCUCCUGCUUUUCUAAUGUUUCAAAAUUGUAUGUUUUCCUUGGUUUAUGAAAUAUAGUUUUGACUUACAUUAUUUUAAAAGGCUUCUGAUUUUUCUGAAUAAUUUUAAAAGAAGACUGGAAAGCUUCAUGAAAGUGAAGUUAUUUUGGUCAAUCUUAAGUUAGUCUUCUAAAAGGAAGAGAGUCCAUUGCACAUAAAAUAAUUAAUUUUCUUUUGAUACGGAUAACUGCUGCCUUUUUAAAUCGAGUUCUUAUUCUUUCAAAUUUCCACUGGUAUAUACAUCUUGAAUAUUGAUGAUUUUUCCCUUACCUUAUAUUUUACAGUUUUGUCAAUCCAGUCAUUAGAGAUGCCUUUUAUUCUAUAUAUACACUUCAUAAAAACACAUUAGAUCAGAUUAUGCCAGGGCUUAGGCUGCACGUGGGAACUAUAAAAAUUGCAUGAAAUGUUUUCAGUUAAAGAUAGACUAUGAAAUAUCUACCUUGUGCAGUCUCUUCUUAACAUGUUGGGUGAUUUUGCCUUCAUUUCUCAAGUAUCCAUAAUAGUAGGAGAGUUUAUAUUUUACAUUUAAAUAAUAGUGAGUAGAAGAUAGAGGAAAUGAAAUAAUUACUGCAAUUCAUUCUCCUAAAUGAAAUGUGUUAUUUGAAUGAAUGUAGGCUUGGAUCUCAAUUCCUGGGCUCGCCACUUUUCCUCUUUCUCUAGGGAUGUUAAGAAAUAUAAAAUAAAUCAUUUAAUUAAAAAUCUUGAGGGUGGAAAUAUAUGGGCAGUGUGUGGAUUUUGGUUAGAAUGUCUGUCGACAUUAAGGCAGGUUGGCUACGCUGUAAAAAGUCAUAGGUGCGCCUUUUGACAUCUUCAGGUGAAAAUGUUUUAAGAAUUUGAAAAGUGCUCAUAAAGGCAAAAGGGGGAAAGUUAUGAAGAUUUUAAGGAGAAAAUGAGUGCCUUUAGGUACGUGGUGGGAAACUAGGCAAUCUCUGGCACAAGCAACAUUACUGUAUCUAUUGAGUGCUGGCUGAGUUACCUUAGAUUUCAACAAAAGGGAAUAUUAUACCAGACAAGAAUUUAUCUUGGGACAGUUAGUAUGCCUUUACCCUAGGCAAUUAUAAACAUUUAGUGUUAUGAGAUUUAGUUAAUAAAAUAUUAAGAUGACGAUGUCUGAAAUCAUCAUCAUCAUCAUCAUUAUGGCAUUUAAUUUUUUUCUUUAUAGUUUACAAAGUGAUUCACAGCAUUGAAAAUAAUUUAAAGAAAUCUCCUCACAUCCUUUACAGUUUAGAUGGAAAUUGAGGCUCAGGGAUCCUCACUACUUUCUCCAAAGACACAUGUCUGCCUAGUAGCAAAAGGCAGGGCUUAAACUCAGGACCACUGAGAAUGAGUUUUAAGCUCAUUUUCCUCUAUAACAAUGAUUGCGGGCAAAGGACAUCCAGCAGAGAGGCCUUGGGAAAUGAGCCAGAGGCUCCGAAUGAGCGUUGGAGGAAUGGACGAGGAGGGACAGAUCAGUCCAGUGACCCGAGGAAAGUCCUGAAGCUUUUGGCUUUCCAACCAUGUUUCCAACAUACAGAAAUUGUAGCUAAGGAUAAAGGGAAUGAAGAGCAUUAUUGGCCAGGAGGGAAAGAUAAAUUAGUUGUUUUUGUUAUUUGUUAAGAGAUCCAGAGGCAACUUUACAGUUAUAUAUUCAUCUCCACUUCGGGAAACUUAAUUACUUUCAUGAUAACUGUCCAUUUUCACUUUACUUUUCAAAAUCCCUUUAAAAAUUAUAGUAAGUAUGCCUGAGGGUCACUGAAAUUGCUUUCUACUUGUGCAAAUUUUGUGGAAAGGCUGUUUUCUUUUUAAAUGUAUGCUACUUAAUUACAUGCAAUUUAAAGUUAACCUUUUUAGGAAGUUAACACAGUGCGAUCGGUAGUUUGAUUAAUGACAUAUUGGUAAGAGGUAGUAUUUUUUUUUUCAUGAAAGUGCUCAAUUUGAGAGAUGACUUCUUGCAAAUACACUCAUCUGCAGAUAAAAGUCAGACCCCUAUAUUCUACCAAGACCUCAGACCCCUAUAUUCUACCGAGAGCCAUUCUUACUGUGGUCACUUUAAGCAUUUUGCAUUGGUUUACCAGGAAAACGCUCUUUUUCUAUGCUAGUUUACUGUACAUUUGACCCUUGAACAGCACAGGUUUGAAUUGCACUGGUCCACUUAUACGUGGGUUUUUUUCAGCAGUAGCUAGGAAGGAACCAUGGAUACAGAAGGCUGACCCUAAAUCAUGCACAGAUUUUUGACUGCUGGGAGGGUCAACGCCUCUAAUCCCUGUGUUGUUCGAGGGUCUUCUGUAAUUACACCUAUCAAAUUUUACGUUAUAUAUAUGAAUACAGUAUUCAUUUUAUAAAAAUCAAGUUGUAGUACUACAUUUUCUUAUGUUAAAUAUGUAAAUUUUACUUCCUUUUAAUGUUGAAACUCACUAUAUCAAGGAAACAAAUGAUAAUAUUUUAAUUAAAAUGUGAAGAAAGCCGUUUGAGAUAAGAAAGAUUGAAAUUGUUUCAAAAGCUUAAUUCAAAAAUAAACAAUAAAUGAAAAAUACAUAUUGUUUUAGGGUUUAUUAAUAUGGUUUAAAAUACGUGGACAAGAUGUGACUGUGCAGCUGGUGUUUGGCAUUGAAACAUUAAUAUAUGUUCUGGUAUGUUCUUAGUUUCAAAACUGUGAAGAGGUAUGGAUCUUUUUAAAUGAAAAGUAAGAAACUACUAUUAAAUAUUUUAAAUGUUCUCUUUACACAACAAAAUAUAGGUAAUUGCUAACUAUUGAUAUUUUAAAAUCUAACGACAAUUUUCAUUGAUAUUUAGUGUAUACGUACAUGUUUUUCAAACUGACUCAGUCUCAACUGAAUAACUGAACAGAACAUUCUCAAAAUAUAAGUGUGAUGUUUUACAUUAUAGGAAAAUAGAGUUUGAGAUUCAGAUAUAUUAUUCUGUAAAAUAUAUUAAAAAUUUGCAAAACCGGAAGUCUCAAUCAGAUUUUUUUUCUUUCCCUCAUAUUUAGCAGGUUUACCAGUAAUUACUGUGGCAGCUAAGGAUAUAAAAGCUAUACUUAGGCACAGUGGAAAAGAAUAUUGUGACCACUUAAUAAUGUUUACAUGGGUGUGGUGGGUUGAAUUACUGUUUAGCAAUAUUCUUUCCUUCCAUUUAGUUUCCAUACGAGGAAUGUAUGUCCACUUCAUGACUCUGGGAUUCAUCCUGUGACCUGCUUUGACCAACAGAGUGAGUCACAAGUGGCAGUGCACCGCAGAGAAUAGGCUUAAGACACCCUGCAUGUUGCUGCUUGCUCUCUCCCACUUCUGCCACCACCAUGAUGUACACAUUCCGCCUGGCCUGCUGCCUCCAAAAGGAAAACAAGAGCUGGGAUCACCUGACCUCCAGCUAAUCAACAAAUGGAUACAGAAGCCCAGCUGAGAUCAGCAGGGUCUCCAGCAGACAGCUCCUAAGCCUGAGGGUCUACAAGCUGCAGGAAGACGAGACCACCCGGGGUGGCCUGCAAGCCGUGAUUCUUGCCACGAACCCCGCUGCUGCCGUUGUGGAAUCCGGCUUCCCCCACCGCUCUGCAGCACUGACGUUUAGGACCACUGGCAUUCAUCUGUGAUGCCUAUCUGAGAAAUUCAUAUUCUGGUCGGAGGAGAAAAUGAAGAAAGAUGGGUCAAUAACCAUCAGAAAAGUGAAAGAAACAACCCAAACAAAAGCACAUCGUAUGCUAACUGGAGAAACAGCAGUUGGACUAAAAAGUCUCUGAGGCACCUGUCUGAGGAACUGCAGUAGAAACUGGUACAUAGUGUCGGGUGGAGUUUCCUGAUUGUGGCAGGAGUGGCCAAGGCCUGAUGGGUCCUCUCUGCAGUGGUUGGGAGUCAGUCCACCAGGCCCACUUGGAGCGUCCUCUGCUGCCUUGCCCAGAUUGGUAGGCACCAGUUAAACCCUCAACGGGGGACUGAGCUUUGAUCGCUGAAUGGGAGUAGACCUUCUGAUUGAGCUGUAUUUGAAGACUCAAGGUGAGGUAGGUGUUAUCUCCCCCUUUGGCAGAUGAGGAACCUAACUGGAAAUUUAAAUGAUUUGCCCAAAGUCACAUAGGACUAGUGUCCUUAUGAGAAGAGGAGGAGAUUAUAGGGAUACACGUGCACAGAGGAAAGGCCACGUGAGAACACAGCAAGAAGGCAGCCAUCUGUAAGUCAAGCAGAGAGGCCUCAGGAGAAAUCAACUCUGCCACCCCCUUGAUCCUGGACUUGCAGCCUGCAGAACUAGGAAGGAGACUUCGUUUUGGCAAUUUCAGGCAUGCGGUUUUGCUGUGUUGGUCCAGGAAACGGAUGAAUUAGAGCAAUGUGUAAGUCUAAGAGGCUAUGUUAAUUCAUGUGAGGAAGACACAUGCAAGAAAAGAAAAAAGUUGAGUUGAAAAGAUGGAGAAAAGAGUACACAGACUGAUGCCAUGAAAGCAGCUGCCAACAAAUCAAUUAUUUAUUGCAUCAAGGCUGCUAUUCACCACACAUGUAAGAUCUCUAAUGUCAAGAGCAGUUAUUCUUGAGUGACUUCUGUUCUAGAAGCUGUCAAUGAAGAUGGUAUAGCCCAACGUUCAUACACCAUUGUAUCCCUACUGUAUCUUUUGUGUCUAGUGCUUUGUUUGCAAGAUUACUAAGAAUGCAAUAGGGCAAUCUUGACAAUUGUAGUAAAACUGACAAAAAUAUUUAGGCUCUGGAGUAAGAUUUGCCAAAUUCAGAACUGUUUCUAAAUCCUGCAUAUGUGGUUUUGACUUGAUUAGUUCAAUUCCCCAAGACUGUUUCUUUUUCC